CAGAAGGAGCUCCGUGGAGAGGAUUUCUUUUGCUUCUUCUGCCCUAUUGUCUCUCAGAAGAAUGACAUCGGGCCCAAUCGGCAGCUGGGGAAGCUGGCGUCCAGUAUCAAGGAGCUGGAGCCCCAACUGACAGCAGUUCUACAGAUGAACCCACAGAUGCGGAAGUUCCAAGCUCAGAGGUUCAACUAUGCAAUUUGUGUCCUGGGCUCCCCUCAUUUCACCUGUGGCCGCCAUUACUGGGAGGUGGAUGUGGGAACAAACACAGCAUGGGACCUGGGAGUUUGUAGAGAAUCUACUCCCCGAGAAGGAGUGAUCCAACUGAAUACAGAGCUGGGAUUCUGGACUGUGAGUUUGAGAGGUGGAUGCUACUUCUUUGCCAGCACAAGGCCUUUGACUGCCCUCUGUGUGGACCUUAAAUUACAGCGAGUUGGUAUUUUCCUGGAUAUGGGCAUAGGAAGCAUUUCCUUCUUCUGUGUUGAAGAUGGAUCCCACAUUUUUACAUUUACUGGAGUUUCUGCUGAGGAGCCACUGCGCCCAUUUUUUGCUCCUUCAAAUUUCCUUCUGGAUCAGGGUGUCCUGAGUGUCUGUCCUGUGAUGAGCCCGGCCACUGCCAGGUCUCCAGUCCACCCUGGGGAGAAUGAAUAAACCCCCACUGCAGAGAAACAUGGACAGAAAAUUACAAGGCAGUUAGACCUAGGAACUUUCUGCUUGAUACAAAUAUUAUAUGAAGUCAUAGCAGAAAAAUAUAGAACAUUUCAUAAAUGUGAUUUUUCUAGUUACAUUAAGGAGAAUACAAGUUGAAUUCUAAGUGUUAUUUUCACCAUCAAACUUGCUGGGUUUUGUGUUUACAUUUUGUUUCCUAUAGACAUGUCCUGCAUUCUCAGACCAAAUUCUAAAUGUUUUAUUUUUAUUUGUGAAAGCUCAACAUACUGUAUUAUGGAUGUUACUAAAUUAAUAAACAUUUGAAUGUAA